AUGAGCGACGAGAGCUUCUGUUUGAAGACCGGACGCCAUGUCAUGCUGACCAUACCAUCACGUAAAGCUGUGAAAGAUGUUGUUUGCUUCCAUGCUGCAGAUUUUGAACGUAUCGUAGAGACUUUGCAACUUGAUCUCUACGAACCGCCCAUGUCACAGUGUGUACAAUGGGUUGAAGAGGCAAAGUUGAAUCAGCUUCGCCGCGAAGGUGUUAGGUACUCUAAAUUCCAUUUGCACCACAACGAUAUUUACUUCCUGCCACGAAAGAUUGUCCACCAGUUUCGAACCAUAUCUGCCUGUUCAUCGAUUGCAUGGCAUGUUCGAUUGCAGCAGUACUACAUGGAAGAAGAAGCGCCUGAAUAA